GGGCAGAAACGCCUCGUCCAGCUCUUGCGAUGACCACGGCAGCCACUUCUGGCCUGGCUGAAACAUCCACGCCUGCCCUUGCCACAACCGUUCUUCCUGUGGUAACUGCAGUAGGUGCAUCUACUGGUUCAGAAACGUCUGCUGCUCUUUUUGUCAAUCCUCUAUUUCCCGGAACAACUGCAUUUGUUACCAGUUCUUCUAAAGGUAUUUCCCAAAGUACAAUCAUUCCUUUGUCCAGUGUCAGAAGCACAGCCUCUGCCGAAAGGACAUCAAUUCUUACUGUUGCUGGCACUCCAGAAACAUCUGCCAUCCCCACACGGACACCAGCUCCCGCCCUUGAGCGUUUCACCAUCAACUUCACCAUCACCAAUCUCCCCUACAAUUCCGACCUGGCAAUUCCUCACUCGGCAAAGCGCAACACUACCCAGAGAGUCAUGAGCACCCUGCUCAACCAGCUUCUGAAGGAAGCCAGCAUCGGCCCUGCUUUCCUCGGAUGCGAACCGACAGCUUUCAGGCCCGUGAGGCAAGGGGACAACACGCAGGUGGACGCCGUCUGCAGCUACAGGAACGACUCCUCCGCCCCGGCGUUGGACAGGGUGGGCCUUUACCACGAAGUGAGCAACAAGACCAAAGGCAUCACGCAGCUGGGCCCCUACAGCCUGGACGAGGCCAGCCUCUACGUCAAUGAGUACAACGAGCCGCCGCUGCUGCCAACAGCCAGGCCCACUACAGCCCCCACCCUGCUACGGUUCACCCUCAACUUGACCCUCACCAGUCUCGCCCACACCCAAGAGCUGGCAACUCCCCACUCCAGGGAAUUCAACGAGACGCAAAAAGCCUUAACCUCCUUGCUCGACCCCAUCUUUGGCAAGAGCAGCCUGGGCCCCGCUUACGUGGGAUGCACGGUGACAGCGUUCAGGGCUGAAGCGCGUGGCAGCGGCACCGUGGCAGACGCCGUCUGCAGCUACAGGAACGACUCCUCCGCCGCGGCGUUGGACAGGGUGGGCCUUUACCACGAAGUGAGCAACAAGACCAAAGGCAUCACGCAGCUGGGCCCCUACAGCCUGGACGAGGCCAGCCUCUACGUCAACGGUUACAACGAACAGCCCGAGCUGCCACCUGCCAUCCCCACACGGACACCAGCUCCCGCCCUUGAGCGUUUCACCAUCAACUUCACCAUCACCAAUCUCCCCUACAAUUCCGACCUGGCAAUUCCUCACUCGGCAAAGCGCAACACUACCCAGAGAGUCAUGAGCGCCCUGCUCAACCAGCUUCUGAAGGAAGCCAGCAUCGGCCCUGCUUUCCUCGGAUGCGAACCGACAGCUUUCAGGCCCGUGAGGCAAGGGGACAACACGCAGGUGGACGCCGUCUGCAGCUACAGGAACGACUCCUCCGCCCCGGCGUUGGACAGGGUGGGCCUUUACCACGAAGUGAGCAACAAGACCAAAGGCAUCACGCAGCUGGGCCCCUACAGCCUGGACGAGGCCAGCCUCUACGUCAAUGAGUACAACGAGCCGCCGCUGCUGCCAACAGCCAGGCCCACUACAGCCCCCACCCUGCUACGGUUCACCCUCAACUUGACCCUCACCAGUCUCGCCCACACCCAAGAGCUGGCAACUCCCCACUCCAGGGAAUUCAACGAGACGCAAAAAGCCUUAACCUCCUUGCUCGACCCCAUCUUUGGCAAGAGCAGCCUGGGCCCCGCUUACGUGGGAUGCGCGGUGACAGCGUUCAGGGCUGAAGCGCGUGGCAGCGGCACCGUGGCAGACGCCGUCUGCAGCUACAGGAACGACUCCUCCGCCGCGGCGUUGGACAGGGUGGGCCUUUACCACGAAGUGAGCAACAAGACCAAAGGCAUCACGCAGCUGGGCCCCUACAGCCUGGACGAGGCCAGCCUCUACGUCAACGGUUACAACGAACAGCCCGAGCUGCCACCUGCCAUCCCCACACGGACACCAGCUCCCGCCCUUGAGCAUUUCACCAUCAACUUCACCAUCACCAAUCUCCCCUACAAUUCCGACCUGGCAAUUCCUCACUCGGCAAAGCGCAACACUACCCAGAGAGUCAUGAGCACCCUGCUCAACCAGCUUCUGAAGGAAGCCAGCAUCGGCCCUGCUUUCCUCGGAUGCGAACCGACAGCUUUCAGGCCCGUGAGGCAAGGGGACAACACGCAGGUGGACGCCGUCUGCAGCUACAGGAACGACUCCUCCGCCCCGGCGUUGGACAGGGUGGGCCUUUACCACGAAGUGAGCAACAAGACCAAAGGCAUCACGCAGCUGGGCCCCUACAGCCUGGACGAGGCCAGCCUCUACGUCAAUGAGUACAACGAGCCGCCGCUGCUGCCAACAGCCAGGCCCACUACAGCCCCCACCCUGCUACGGUUCACCCUCAACUUGACCCUCACCAGUCUCGCCCACACCCAAGAGCUGGCAACUCCCCACUCCAGGGAAUUCAACGAGACGCAAAAAGCCUUAACCUCCUUGCUCGACCCCAUCUUUGGCAAGAGCAGCCUGGGCCCCGCUUACGUGGGAUGCGCGGUGACAGCGUUCAGGGCUGAAGCGCGUGGCAGCGGCACCGUGGCAGACGCCGUCUGCAGCUACAGGAACGACUCCUCCGCCGCGGCGUUGGACAGGGUGGGCCUUUACCACGAAGUGAGCAACAAGACCAAAGGCAUCACGCAGCUGGGCCCCUACAGCCUGGACGAGGCCAGCCUCUACGUCAACGGUUACAACGAACAGCCCGAGCUGCCACCUGCCAUCCCCACACGGACACCAGCUCCCGCCCUUGAGCAUUUCACCAUCAACUUCACCAUCACCAAUCUCCCCUACAAUUCCGACCUGGCAAUUCCUCACUCGGCAAAGCGCAACACUACCCAGAGAGUCAUGAGCACCCUGCUCAACCAGCUUCUGAAGGAAGCCAGCAUCGGCCCUGCUUUCCUCGGAUGCGAACCGACAGCUUUCAGGCCCGUGAGGCAAGGGGACAACACGCAGGUGGACGCCGUCUGCAGCUACAGGAACGACUCCUCCGCCCCGCCGUUGGACAGGGUGGGCCUUUACCACGAAGUGAGCAACAAGACCAAAGGCAUCACGCAGCUGGGCCCCUACAGCCUGGACGAGGCCAGCCUCUACAUCAAUGAGUACAACGAGCCGCCGCUGCUGCCAACAGCCAGGCCCACUACAGCCCCCACCCUGCUACGGUUCACCCUCAACUUGACCCUCACCAGUCUCGCCCACACCCAAGAGCUGGCAACUCCCCACUCCAGGGAAUUCAACGAGACGCAAAAAGCCUUAACCUCCUUGCUCGACCCCAUCUUUGGCAAGAGCAGCCUGGGCCCCGCUUACGUGGGAUGUGCGGUGACAGCGUUCAGGGCUGAAGCGCGUGGCAGCGGCACCGUGGCAGACGCCGUCUGCAGCUACAGGAACGACUCCUCCGCCGCGGCGUUGGACAGGGUGGGCCUUUACCACGAAGUGAGCAACAAGACCAAAGGCAUCACGCAGCUGGGCCCCUACAGCCUGGACGAGGCCAGCCUCUACGUCAACGGUUACAACGAACAGCCCGAGCUGCCACCUGCCAUCCCCACACGGACACCAGCUCCCGCCCUUGAGCGUUUCACCAUCAACUUCACCAUCACCAAUCUCCCCUACAAUUCCGACCUGGCAAUUCCUCACUCGGCAAAGCGCAACACUACCCAGAGAGUCAUGAGCACCCUGCUCAACCAGCUUCUGAAGGAAGCCAGCAUCGGCCCUGCUUUCCUCGGAUGCGAACCGACAGCUUUCAGGCCCGUGAGGCAAGGGGACAACACGCAGGUGGACGCCGUCUGCAGCUACAGGAACGACUCCUCCGCCCCGGCGUUGGACAGGGUGGGCCUUUACCACGAAGUGAGCAACAAGACCAAAGGCAUCACGCAGCUGGGCCCCUACAGCCUGGACGAGGCCAGCCUCUACGUCAAUGAGUACAACGAGCCGCCGCUGCUGCCAACAGCCAGGCCCACUACAGCCCCCACCCUGCUACGGUUCACCCUCAACUUGACCCUCACCAGUCUCGCCCACACCCAAGAGCUGGCAACUCCCCACUCCAGGGAAUUCAACGAGACGCAAAAAGCCUUAACCUCCUUGCUCGACCCCAUCUUUGGCAAGAGCAGCCUGGGCCCCGCUUACGUGGGAUGUGCGGUGACAGCGUUCAGGGCUGAAGCGCGUGGCAGCGGCACCGUGGCAGACGCCGUCUGCAGCUACAGGAACGACUCCUCCGCCGCGGCGUUGGACAGGGUGGGCCUUUACCACGAAGUGAGCAACAAGACCAAAGGCAUCACGCAGCUGGGCCCCUACAGCCUGGACGAGGCCAGCCUCUACGUCAACGGUUACAACGAACAGCCCGAGCUGCCACCUGCCAUCCCCACACGGACACCAGCUCCCGCCCUUGAGCAUUUCACCAUCAACUUCACCAUCACCAAUCUCCCCUACAAUUCCGACCUGGCAAUUCCUCACUCGGCAAAGCGCAACACUACCCAGAGAGUCAUGAGCACCCUGCUCAACCAGCUUCUGAAGGAAGCCAGCAUCGGCCCUGCUUUCCUCGGAUGCGAACCGACAGCUUUCAGGCCCGUGAGGCAAGGGGACAACACGCAGGUGGACGCCGUCUGCAGCUACAGGAACGACUCCUCCGCCCCGCCGUUGGACAGGGUGGGCCUUUACCACGAAGUGAGCAACAAGACCAAAGGCAUCACGCAGCUGGGCCCCUACAGCCUGGACGAGGCCAGCCUCUACAUCAAUGAGUACAACGAGCCGCCGCUGCUGCCAACAGCCAGGCCCACUACAGCCCCCACCCUGCUACGGUUCACCCUCAACUUGACCCUCACCAGUCUCGCCCACACCCAAGAGCUGGCAACUCCCCACUCCAGGGAAUUCAACGAGACGCAAAAAGCCUUAACCUCCUUGCUCGACCCCAUCUUUGGCAAGAGCAGCCUGGGCCCCGCUUACGUGGGAUGUGCGGUGACAGCGUUCAGGGCUGAAGCACAUGGCAGCGGCACCGUGGCAGACGCCGUCUGCAGCUACAGGAACGACUCCUCCGCCGCGGCGUUGGACAGGGUGGGCCUUUACCACGAAGUGAGCAACAAGACCAAAGGCAUCACGCAGCUGGGCCCCUACAGCCUGGACGAGGCCAGCCUCUACGUCAACGGUUACAACGAACAGCCCGAGCUGCCACCUGCCAUCCCCACACGGACACCAGCUCCCGCCCUUGAGCGUUUCACCAUCAACUUCACCAUCACCAAUCUCCCCUACAAUUCCGACCUGGCAAUUCCUCACUCGGCAAAGCGCAACACUACCCAGAGAGUCAUGAGCACCCUGCUCAACCAGCUUCUGAAGGAAGCCAGCAUCGGCCCUGCUUUCCUCGGAUGCGAACCGACAGCUUUCAGGCCCGUGAGGCAAGGGGACAACACGCAGGUGGACGCCGUCUGCAGCUACAGGAACGACUCCUCCGCCCCGGCGUUGGACAGGGUGGGCCUUUACCACGAAGUGAGCAACAAGACCAAAGGCAUCACGCAGCUGGGCCCCUACAGCCUGGACGAGGCCAGCCUCUACGUCAAUGAGUACAACGAGCCGCCGCUGCUGCCAACAGCCAGGCCCACUACAGCCCCCACCCUGCUACGGUUCACCCUCAACUUGACCCUCACCAGUCUCGCCCACACCCAAGAGCUGGCAACUCCCCACUCCAGGGAAUUCAACGAGACGCAAAAAGCCUUAACCUCCUUGCUCGACCCCAUCUUUGGCAAGAGCAGCCUGGGCCCCGCUUACGUGGGAUGCGCGGUGACAGCGUUCAGGGCUGAAGCGCGUGGCAGCGGCACCGUGGCAGACGCCGUCUGCAGCUACAGGAACGACUCCUCCGCCGCGGCGUUGGACAGGGUGGGCCUUUACCACGAAGUGAGCAACAAGACCAAAGGCAUCACGCAGCUGGGCCCCUACAGCCUGGACGAGGCCAGCCUCUACGUCAACGGUUACAACGAACAGCCCGAGCUGCCACCUGCCAUCCCCACACGGACACCAGCUCCCGCCCUUGAGCGUUUCACCAUCAACUUCACCAUCACCAAUCUCCCCUACAAUUCCGACCUGGCAAUUCCUCACUCGGCAAAGCGCAACACUACCCAGAGAGUCAUGAGCACCCUGCUCAACCAGCUUCUGAAGGAAGCCAGCAUCGGCCCUGCUUUCCUCGGAUGCGAACCGACAGCUUUCAGGCCCGUGAGGCAAGGGGACAACACGCAGGUGGACGCCGUCUGCAGCUACAGGAACGACUCCUCCGCCCCGGCGUUGGACAGGGUGGGCCUUUACCACGAAGUGAGCAACAAGACCAAAGGCAUCACGCAGCUGGGCCCCUACAGCCUGGACGAGGCCAGCCUCUACAUCAAUGAGUACAACGAGCCGCCGCUGCUGCCAACAGCCAGGCCCACUACAGCCCCCACCCUGCUACGGUUCACCCUCAACUUGACCCUCACCAGUCUCGCCCACACCCAAGAGCUGGCAACUCCCCACUCCAGGGAAUUCAACGAGACGCAAAAAGCCUUAACCUCCUUGCUCGACCCCAUCUUUGGCAAGAGCAGCCUGGGCCCCGCUUACGUGGGAUGUGCGGUGACAGCGUUCAGGGCUGAAGCGCAUGGCAGCGGCACCGUGGCAGACGCCGUCUGCAGCUACAGGAACGACUCCUCCGCCGCGGCGUUGGACAGGGUGGGCCUUUACCACGAAGUGAGCAACAAGACCAAAGGCAUCACGCAGCUGGGCCCCUACAGCCUGGACGAGGCCAGCCUCUACGUCAACGGUUACAACGAACAGCCCGAGCUGCCACCUGCCAUCCCCACACGGACACCAGCUCCCGCCCUUGAGCGUUUCACCAUCAACUUCACCAUCACCAAUCUCCCCUACAAUUCCGACCUGGCAAUUCCUCACUCGGCAAAGCGCAACACUACCCAGAGAGUCAUGAGCACCCUGCUCAACCAGCUUCUGAAGGAAGCCAGCAUCGGCCCUGCUUUCCUCGGAUGCGAACCGACAGCUUUCAGGCCCGUGAGGCAAGGGGACAACACGCAGGUGGACGCCGUCUGCAGCUACAGGAACGACUCCUCCGCCCCGGCGUUGGACAGGGUGGGCCUUUACCACGAAGUGAGCAACAAGACCAAAGGCAUCACGCAGCUGGGCCCCUACAGCCUGGACGAGGCCAGCCUCUACAUCAAUGAGUACAACGAGCCGCCGCUGCUGCCAACAGCCAGGCCCACUACAGCCCCCACCCUGCUACGGUUCACCCUCAACUUGACCCUCACCAGUCUCGCCCACACCCAAGAGCUGGCAACUCCCCACUCCAGGGAAUUCAACGAGACGCAAAAAGCCUUAACCUCCUUGCUCGACCCCAUCUUUGGCAAGAGCAGCCUGGGCCCCGCUUACGUGGGAUGCGCGGUGACAGCGUUCAGGGCUGAAGCGCGUGGCAGCGGCACCGUGGCAGACGCCGUCUGCAGCUACAGGAACGACUCCUCCGCCGCGGCGUUGGACAGGGUGGGCCUUUACCACGAAGUGAGCAACAAGACCAAAGGCAUCACGCAGCUGGGCCCCUACAGCCUGGACGAGGCCAGCCUCUACGUCAACGGUUACAACGAACAGCCCGAGCUGCCACCUGCCAUCCCCACACGGACACCAGCUCCCGCCCUUGAGCGUUUCACCAUCAACUUCACCAUCACCAAUCUCCCCUACAAUUCCGACCUGGCAAUUCCUCACUCGGCAAAGCGCAACACUACCCAGAGAGUCAUGAGCACCCUGCUCAACCAGCUUCUGAAGGAAGCCAGCAUCGGCCCUGCUUUCCUCGGAUGCGAACCAACAGCUUUCAGGCCCGUGAGGCAAGGGGACAACACGCAGGUGGACGCCGUCUGCAGCUACAGGAACGACUCCUCCGCCCCGGCGUUGGACAGGGUGGGCCUUUACCACGAAGUGAGCAACAAGACCAAAGGCAUCACGCAGCUGGGCCCCUACAGCCUGGACGAGGCCAGCCUCUACGUCAACGGUUACAACGAACAGCCCGAGCUGCCACCUGCCAUCCCCACACGGACACCAGCUCCCGCCCUUGAGCAUUUCACCAUCAACUUCACCAUCACCAAUCUCCCCUACAAUUCCGACCUGGCAAUUCCUCACUCGGCAAAGCGCAACACUACCCAGAGAGUCAUGAGCACCCUGCUCAACCAGCUUCUGAAGGAAGCCAGCAUCGGCCCUGCUUUCCUCGGAUGCGAACCGACAGCUUUCAGGCCCGUGAGGCAAGGGGACAACACGCAGGUGGACGCCGUCUGCAGCUACAGGAACGACUCCUCCGCCCCGGCGUUGGACAGGGUGGGCCUUUACCACGAAGUGAGCAACAAGACCAAAGGCAUCACGCAGCUGGGCCCCUACAGCCUGGACGAGGCCAGCCUCUACGUCAACGGUUACAACGAACAGCCCGAGCUGCCACCUGCCAUCCCCACACGGACACCAGCUCCCGCCCUUGAGCGUUUCACCAUCAACUUCACCAUCACCAAUCUCCCCUACAAUUCCGACCUGGCAAUUCCUCACUCGGCAAAGCGCAACACUACCCAGAGAGUCAUGAGCACCCUGCUCAACCAGCUUCUGAAGGAAGCCAGCAUCGGCCCUGCUUUCCUCGGAUGCGAACCGACAGCUUUCAGGCCCGUGAGGCAAGGGGACAACACGCAGGUGGACGCCGUCUGCAGCUACAGGAACGACUCCUCCGCCCCGGCGUUGGACAGGGUGGGCCUUUACCACGAAGUGAGCAACAAGACCAAAGGCAUCACGCAGCUGGGCCCCUACAGCCUGGACGAGGCCAGCCUCUACGUCAACGGUUACAACGAACAGCCCGAGCUGCCACCUGCCAUCCCCACACGGACACCAGCUCCCGCCCUUGAGCGUUUCACCAUCAACUUCACCAUCACCAAUCUCCCCUACAAUUCCGACCUGGCAAUUCCUCACUCGGCAAAGCGCAACACUACCCAGAGAGUCAUGAGCACCCUGCUCAACCAGCUUCUGAAGGAAGCCAGCAUCGGCCCUGCUUUCCUCGGAUGCGAACCGACAGCUUUCAGGCCCGUGAGGCAAGGGGACAACACGCAGGUGGACGCCGUCUGCAGCUACAGGAACGACUCCUCCGCCCCGGCGUUGGACAGGGUGGGCCUUUACCACGAAGUGAGCAACAAGACCAAAGGCAUCACGCAGCUGGGCCCCUACAGCCUGGACGAGGCCAGCCUCUAUGUCAAUGAGUACAACGAGCCGCCGCUGCUGCCAACAGCCAGGCCCACUACAGCCCCCACCCUGCUACGGUUCACCCUCAACUUGACCCUCACCAGUCUCGCCCACACCCAAGAGCUGGCAACUCCCCACUCCAGGGAAUUCAACGAGACGCAAAAAGCCUUAACCUCCUUGCUCGACCCCAUCUUUGGCAAGAGCAGCCUGGGCCCCGCUUACGUGGGAUGCGCGGUGACAGCGUUCAGGGCUGAAGCGCAUGGCAGCGGCACCGUGGCAGACGCCGUCUGCAGCUACAGGAACGACUCCUCCGCCCCGGCGUUGGACAGGGUGGGCCUUUACCACGAAGUGAGCAACAAGACCAAAGGCAUCACGCAGCUGGGCCCCUACAGCCUGGACGAGGCCAGCCUCUACGUCAACGGUUACAACGAACAGCCCGAGCUGCCACCUGCCAUCCCCACACGGACACCAGCUCCCGCCCUUGAGCGUUUCACCAUCAACUUCACCAUCACCAAUCUCCCCUACAAUUCCGACCUGGCAAUUCCUCACUCGGCAAAGCGCAACACUACCCAGAGAGUCAUGAGCACCCUGCUCAACCAGCUUCUGAAGGAAGCCAGCAUCGGCCCUGCUUUCCUCGGAUGCGAACCGACAGCUUUCAGGCCCGUGAGGCAAGGGGACAACACGCAGGUGGACGCCGUCUGCAGCUACAGGAACGACUCCUCCGCCCCGGCGUUGGACAGGGUGGGCCUUUACCACGAAGUGAGCAACAAGACCAAAGGCAUCACGCAGCUGGGCCCCUACAGCCUGGACGAGGCCAGCCUCUACGUCAACGGUUACAACGAACAGCCCGAGCUGCCACCUGCCAUCCCCACACGGACACCAGCUCCCGCCCUUGAGCAUUUCACCAUCAACUUCACCAUCACCAAUCUCCCCUACAAUUCCGACCUGGCAAUUCCUCACUCGGCAAAGCGCAACACUACCCAGAGAGUCAUGAGCACCCUGCUCAACCAGCUUCUGAAGGAAGCCAGCAUCGGCCCUGCUUUCCUCGGAUGCGAACCGACAGCUUUCAGGCCCGUGAGGCAAGGGGACAACACGCAGGUGGACGCCGUCUGCAGCUACAGGAACGACUCCUCCGCCCCGGCGUUGGACAGGGUGGGCCUUUACCACGAAGUGAGCAACAAGACCAAAGGCAUCACGCAGCUGGGCCCCUACAGCCUGGACGAGGCCAGCCUCUACGUCAACGGUUACAACGAACAGCCCGAGCUGCCACCUGCCAUCCCCACACGGACACCAGCUCCCGCCCUUGAGCAUUUCACCAUCAACUUCACCAUCACCAAUCUCCCCUACAAUUCCGACCUGGCAAUUCCUCACUCGGCAAAGCGCAACACUACCCAGAGAGUCAUGAGCACCCUGCUCAACCAGCUUCUGAAGGAAGCCAGCAUCGGCCCUGCUUUCCUCGGAUGCGAACCGACAGCUUUCAGGCCCGUGAGGCAAGGGGACAACACGCAGGUGGACGCCGUCUGCAGCUACAGGAACGACUCCUCCGCCCCGGUGUUGGACAGGGUGGGCCUUUACCACGAAGUGAGCAACAAGACCAAAGGCAUCACGCAGCUGGGCCCCUACAGCCUGGACGAGGCCAGCCUCUACGUCAACGAGUACAAUGAAGCAUAUCACAUGCCAGGUUUGAUUCCUGCUACAGGCGUUUCUCCUGGAACUGAGCAAUUCACAGUGAAUUUCACCAUAACUAAUCUCCCAUACUCUUUUACUCUCAUAAAUCCCAAUUCUGCCAAAUUUAGUGCUACAGGAAGAGUUUUGAAUGCUCUGCUGGAUCAACUGUUCAAAAAGACUAGUAUUCACUCUAUGUAUACUGGAUGCAAAAUGAUGGCUUUCAGACCUGCACAAAAGAGUGAGGACACUGGAGUAGAUGCUGUCUGUACCUACAAGAAAGAUUCUGCUGCUCCCCAGUUUGAUCGAGUGAGUCUUUACCAUGAAGUGAGCAACAAGACAAAUGGCAUCACCAACUUAGGAAUAUACAGCCUGGACCAGGAAAGCCUGUAUAUCAAUGAUUACCAUGAAGCCCAUCUCUUGCCUUCCACAUCUCCAGCUCUUCCUUUUGCAAGAAUAGAACAUUUCACAGUGAACUUCACAAUAACCAAUCUCCUUUACAGACCAGUGCUAGGAAACCCAAAUUCUAAAAAAUUCAAUGCUACAAAAAACACUCUGACAUAUUUGCUUGACCGUGUGCUCAAGAACAGCAGCAUUAGCCCUGCUUACACUGGAUGUCCAGUGGUGGCACUAAGAUCUGUGAAGAACAGAGAGGACACUGGCAUGGAUGCGGUCUGCACAUACAGAGCCAACACCACCACUACUAAUUUUGACCGAGUCAUGGUUUAUCAUGAGCUCAGCAGGAUGACAGCCAGUUGCACUGAGCUAGGACCCUACAGGCUGGAUUCAGCCAGCUUCUUUGUUAACGGUUAUAAUGAACCACGGCAUGAACAAUCUGUUAAUCAAAGCACACAACUUCUGUCACCAUCAAUAAGCAACUUCACACUGAACUUCACUAUAACCAACCUCCAGUUCACUGCAGACCUGGUGAUGCCAAAUUCCAAAAAAUUCAAGUCAACAGAAAAAGUCAUGUGCUAUUACGUUGACCGUCUACUCCAGAAAAGCAGCAUUGGCCCUGCUUAUAUUGGCUGCAAUGUGAUUGCAUUCAGGUCGGUGAAGAACAGAGAUGACACGAGAGUAGAUGCCAUCUGCAGCUACAGAGAUGAGCCUUCACAUCCCACGUUCAACAGAGUGACUGUUUACCAUGAGCUGAGUAACAUGACAAAUGGCAUCACCAAGCUGGGACAUUACAGCCUUAAUAGCCAGACCCUCUACAUUAAUGAUUAUAAUGAACCAUACACUCUCUCAUUUAUGAAGCCAUCCACCACACAAAGCCCAGGACUAACAACAGAGCAAUUUACACUAAACUUCACCGUAACCAACCUCAGGUUCACAACAGACCUAGGGACACCAAAUUCUGCUAAAUUCAAUUCUACGAAGAAAAUAAUGCAAAGUUAUAUUGACCCCCUGCUUCAAAGGAGCAGCAUUGGCCCUGAUUUCACUGGCUGCAAAGUGAUAGCAUUCAGGUUAGAGAGGAAUAGGGAGAACACAGGAGUAGACACCAUCUGCACCUAUGGAAGUGGCUCUCAAGGGCCCAAAUUUGACCGAGCUAAGGUUUACCAAGAGCUAAGGAACAUGACAAGUGGCAUCACCAAAUUAGGAGUUUAUAACCUGGACAACAACAGCCUCUAUAUCAAUGGUUACAAUGAACCACUUGAGAGACUAUCUCUGAGCUCAACUACGGCACCAAGCCCAACAUCUAGGCAUUUCACACUUAAUUUCACCUUAACCAACCUCCCGUACACUGCAGAGCUGGACGUACCAAGUACCCGCAAGUUCAUUUCCACAGAGAAAGUUAUUAACCAUUAUCUUGACCCUCUGUUUAAGAGAGGUAGCAUAAGCCCUGUCUACACAGGAUGCAGAGUGAUGAGAUUCAGGUCUGUGAAAGACAGGGAUGACACUGGCGUAGAUGCUGUCUGCACCUACAAAAACAACAUCAGCAUGGCCAGCUUUGACAGAGAACAGGUUUAUCACGAGCUGAGCACCAUGACGAAGGGUGUCACCGAACUAGGGCACUACAGCUUGGAGAAGAACAGCCUGUAUGUCAAUGGUUUCCACCUCACAGCUAUCACCAGAAAGCCUGUUUUAACUGAAGGUCCAGCCAAAUUGGGCUAUAAAUUCAGCUUUAGAAUAAUUAAUGAAAAUCUAACUAAUCCAGACUCCCAGUCUUCAGAAUACAAAGCAGCAAUGGAAAGCAUCAGUAACAAGAUGAACCAACUGUACCGUCAGAGCCAUCUGCAUAAUUACUUCAAGAACUGCACUGUCACAAAGCUAAGGAUUGGAUCCAUAGUGGUUGACUGCGAGUGCUUCUUCCAGCCAGAGCCCAGCAUCAACAGGGCUGUGGUUGAAAGGGCUUUUCAGGAUGGGACUUCACAUGCAACUGGGCUGUGGCUGGGAAGCAGUUACCAACUGGAAGGAUUCUCAGUAAACAACUUAGAACUAGCAAUUGAGGCAGCAACUCAGAAAGCACCCCUGCAAUCUGGGAAAGGAAACUUCAGAUUAAACUUCAGCAUCACCAACCUUCACUACUCUCCAGAACUGCAGGACUCCAAAUCACAGAUGUCCCAAGUGAACAAGAAGAAGAUUGAGAAGGAGCUUGACAUAUUCAGAACUAGCAGCCUGAAGGACUACUUCGCUGGCUGUACUGUUGAGAGCUUUGGGCCUGUCCUUGGGAAAGCUUACACAAGUGUUGCCUCCCUCUGUAAAUUCACACUGGACCCCUCCUCAAGGACUUUACAAAAGGAAGCUGUAUAUGAGGAGCUGAAACGCCUGACGCAAGGGUUCACCAAGCUGGGCCCCAGCUACCAGAUGCAAGAGCAUAGUUUGGUUGUUGAUGGUUACUCUCCACUCAAAACAGUCGAGCAGGAAGGAUCUGAGCUUCCAUUCUGGGCAAUUAUCCUUAUCUGCCUCUUCACACUGCUUGGCUUCCUCCUCCUCCUCCUGUUAUGCUUCCUGAUUGUCUUCUACCUAAGAAGAAAGUCAAACCUGUACCAGGUUCAACAGAGUAUGUACGGGGUAUAUUUCCCACAUCUGAACACAAGGAAAGUGCAUUGACAUAACAGGUGAAGCCUGCUUUCACAGACCAGUUCCAUCCACAGAUGAAGGAAAGAUGUUUACAACUACUAGGAAAAUGUUUCUUCUUCAAUAAAUUAUGUUUAGCCUUUUCUCUUGUCUUGAUGCAAGCCUGCACUAUUACUAAAACUACUUUCAUAGUAUGGGAAACUGCCAACACAGAUGUUGGGGAAAAUAUUUUUUAAAGCACUGCAGUAUUUUAUAUAAAUAUUACACAACCAACAGAAAAUGAAGACUGCCAUGAGUUGCAGUUUGCAGGGCUGUUCAGUGUUAAUGUUAGUUUUCUGAAAAGGGCUUAAUUAUGCUAGUUUACAGAUUUGCAGGACUGACUACUGUAAAUUAAAAAUAAGACAGAUCACUUAGACUUUACCCUAUUUCCUGGUUUACCUAAAAUAUCUAUUUUAAGCUGAUGAAAACAUUUUAUAUUUAAUAUGUCAAGAGAUUAUUUAAAGAUAUUGUUAACUAUGAGUGUGAUACAGCACCCUGCGGUCUUUUAAGAUUGAUCCUGAUUUCAGUUGAAUAAAUGUCAGAUUCAUUGCAAUACAA